AUGUCAUCGGGCUUUGGAUUUAAAGGUCGCGAAGGUCGGUGUUACCAGUUCUGGAAGGGCGUAGAGCAAUGUAGCAAGGACACUGAGUACUCUGGUCAAUGUGGCAAGCAGGUCGAGGACUAUAUUGAAUGUCUGCACCACAAAAAAGGAGUUGACACGCAUGAAUGUGGUGAUCACCCAAAAGGAAAGAGAAGAAGCUGCUGCUCGUCGUCAUGA